AGCGCGGACCGGAAGCUGUAACGGCCGUAAUGGCGGACUUGACGGCGCAGUGUGAGGACAGGUGGGAGCUCCGGUCUGACGGGCUGCUGCUGUUGUUCUCUAUACAAAGAGACGCAGCGGAGCCGGCAGAAACACUCCACACUCAUGUGGAAAUAACAAUCAUGAAGACGUGUCGCUGAUUUUCCAACAUUAUCCGCUAAAUUAAAGUCGUAAAAAUGGCGGGUUUUGUGUGAAAAACGUCCGAAGGAGGAGAGAAAUUCAACAGAAACUGCGCAGUCAUAGUUUAAUGGGAGCGGUGACCUGAGCAGAUAUGGCAGCUGACGAUAAGGUUGCCAUCCUGACAGACGACGAGGAGGAGCAGAAGAGGAGGUACGUGUUGGCCGAGCCGUUCAACACCCUGACAAUGGAGCGGCAGGCGGGCGUCGCCGAGACGCCGGCGCCGGCCUCCGACACCCCGCCUGAACAGCCGCCGGCCUCGAAGUCCAAUGACUGCUGCGAGAGGAUGUGCCUCCGCAUCAACAGCCACCUCCUCGUUUCCAAAGUCUUCUACUUCUUCUUCUACGCCGCCUACGGCUCGCUGCACCCUCUGCUGGCCGUCUACUACAAGCAGCUCGGCUUGUCGGCCAGUCGCAGCGGGCUGCUCGUCGGUAUUCGCUACUUCAUUGAGUUCUGCAGCGCCCCCUUCUGGGGCGUCGUGGCGGACCGCUUCAAGAAGGGAAAAGUCGUUUUGUUAUUUUCUGUCUUUUGCUGGUUGGUGUUCAACUGCGGCAUCGGCUUCGUCAAACCAGCUGAGAUGAUGUGUGUGGAGAAAGGUGUCGCUCCUCUGACGACGGUGUCGCCCUUGAUGACGACCCUCCCGCACGAUAACGCUUCGCAGCUGAGCAACUCCACCAACCACACCAGAACCCGCCGAAGCUUAUUCGACCUCCCGGGACUCCCUGAACUCUUGGACUCCUUUAUCGGGGAGCUCCACAGGCAGGUGCGAAGCGUGGACACCAACGUGACUUCACCUCCUCCCAUGACAGCAGCAAACACCACUCAGCACACCCCGGACACCACCCGCUCCUCCACCACCCUCUCCUCCACCACUCUCUCCUCCACCACCCGCUCGUCCACCACUCUCUCCUCCACCACCCGCUCCCCCGCCACCACCACCCUUUCCUCCACCACUACUACCACCACUGCCACCACCACCACCACCACCACCACCACAACCACCACUACCUCCCCUGCUCCAACCAAAGCCAAGGAGUACAUGAUCAUCUACAACAAGGACCAGGUGGAGUCCAUCUUCCUGCUCAUCCUGCUCGUCAUCAUCGUGGGCGAGUUCUUCAGCGCCCCUGCCAUCACCAUCGUGGACACCAUCACCCUGCAGUACCUCGGGAAGGCUCGUGACCGUUACGGGCUGCAGAGGAUGUGGGGCUCGCUGGGCUGGGGGCUCGUCAUGCUGCUGGUUGGCAUCUGGAUCGACAACACGCACAUCGACGGCGUGAUUGAAGGGAAAGGCUGCAACAUUCCCGAAGUCCGCAUGCACAACUACAUGAUCGCCUUCAUCGUGUUUGGCGUGCUGAUGGGGGUGGCGUUCAUCGUCGCCACCCAGUUCUACUUUGAAAAAGGUGCCAACUACCAGCAGGAGGUCCCAGAGGGGGUGGUGGCGGAGGCGGACAGCCCAAGAGCGUUACCCGAGUCCAGCUCCUCCUCGGACCAAACUCCCAUCAGCCCCGACGCUCAGCAGGAGUUCCACUACAGCGACCUGCUGAGGCUCCUGUGCAGCGUUCGCUACAGCUCCGUCCUCUUCGUCGCCUGGUUCAUGGGCUUCGGCUACGGCUUCGUCUUCACCUUCCUGUACUGGCACCUGGAGGACCUGAAGGGGACCACCACGCUGUUCGGGGUCUGCUCCAUCCUGAGCCACGUCUCAGAGCUCGCCGCCUACUUCACCAGCCACAAGUUCAUCGAGCUCGUCGGACACGUCAGGGUGCUGUACAUCGGCCUGGCCUGCAACACAGCCCGCUACCUGUACAUCUCGUACCUGCAGAACGCCUGGACCGUCCUGCCCAUGGAGGUCCUUCAAGGUGUGACCCACGCCUCAGUCUGGGCCGCCUGUAUCUCCUUCCUGAGCGCGGCGGUCCCUCCGGCGCUGAGGACGUCGGCGCAGGGCAUCCUGCAGGGCCUCCACCUCGGGCUGGGUCGCGGCUGUGGAGCCAUGGUGGGAGGAGUGUUCGUCAACUACUUUGGUGCUGCAGAGACGUUCAGAGGGAUCGGCAUGGCCUCCCUCGUCAUCCUCCUCAUCUUCUCCCUCAUCCAGUACUGCAGCGGAGAGCCUGAGGAGAAAGAGGACAAAAUGCUGGCUGAGAACAUCCCCGUCCCGUCCAGCCCGGUUCCCAUCGCCACCAUCGACCUGGUGCAGAGCCAGAAUGCCGUCGGAAGCCCCGCCACGGCUCGCAAGACUGUAGCUGUGCCUGCCAAGAAGACCAAGCACCAGGAGGAGCAGGAGGACGUGACCAGGCCGGCCUGGGUGCUCACCGGCGCCCCCUGGGUCACCAUCGCCUUCGCCAUCUUCCAGAUCAGGGAGAAGAUGAACUUGGUGAAGGGCGGCGGAUCGCCUUCAGAGGAUCAGCCACUGCAGGUGACUAACGAGCAGGCGUCGGCCCAGUACGAGGCGGUGGCGACGUCACACAGAAACACGAGCGAUGAGGAUGACGGCGUCACGUCACAAACACCCACACAACCGAACACCACAGACUCUAGCGAGGACCAAACAAACCCGCCCUCGGACAGUGGAGGACCUCAUGAAAACCCAGCAUUCACAGCAGACAACGCAGACUGACUGUUAAGCAAGAAACUUUUUUAAUUUGCACAUUUUAUUUCUGCAAAAUUAUCCGUCUGAACAAGUCGGUUUGUCAGUCUUAAAAUCUGAGAAAUGGCGGCCUUUUGUAGCAAACUUCCAAGGAAAAAUUAACAAGGCCGUGAUGUCCAGGAAAUCUCCUAGUAUUCUGGGAGCAAGUAGGAAAUUCUCUCAUUUUUAAACCGGUUGCGAGACUCACGACUUGUUUUAAUGGAUUAUAUUUGCAGGUUUGGAUGAAGCUGGAGGUGGCGUUGAAUCAUAACUCACCUCGGAGCACUGUGCACUAUAUUUAAGGCCUUUUACUUGUGAAGCGUGAAGGGAAAUCCUUCAAAUGUACAAAGAGAAAUGUGCCUCUUGAUAAGUUAUUAACUUAAUUUACUGUAAAACUGAAGAAAAGUGAUGAAAUCUGGCAAAAUGGGGGUUUUCAAUUCAGUGGAACUGCUGUUUUGAAGUUGUGUUAUUAGGAAGUAGCUGAGGUUAUUCUCUGAAGCAAAUAAUGUUUCUGAUUGUUUUUUAUUUUCACUUCGACCAAAGGGACCAGCUUACACAGGGGGGUGAAGGGUUGUAAUUGUUUUUCUAAUGGAAAUGUUGAGUUAGCAUUAGCAUUAGCUUCAACCAGCUCUGAUAUGCUGUAAAGAAAGUGAGCAGUUAAGUGAGUGAGACUGAUAUCAAUAGAUGGAAUUGAAUUGCAGCGAUUGAAUUAAAAGCAAUAAUGCUGGAUUAAUACGUGUUUCAGUCGGCUACAGAAUGUAAAUGCACUUAAUGGCUUUUAAAGAAAAAGAUCAACCUGAAACGGUCUCAGAAACCUGGUUGAUAAGGAUUUAAAUUUGGCGUAUUUGCUGAGAACUUAACCACUAAAUUUAAAACACAAUAUACAGACUCAGAAAAGAAGCGACUCACACUGUCAUGUUGAAGGGAAAGUCUUGAAACAUCAUGCAGAAAGUCUGAGAUUUCAUUUAUAAAGGCCUUAAAUUUUCAUCUUGCCUGUUUGUAUAGCUGGUCAUGCAGUUCAGAAUCUCAUAUGGAAAAGGGUCGAUUUUAGCAAAACCUUUAACGAUUGAUUAAUUCGUCUCCAAAUUGUCCAGAAGUCAGCAGGCGAGAAACGAAGGGAAUCUCAAAUGAAUGAUCCCGACACAAUUAUGAUGUUUGUCAAUUUAAACGAUGAUUAAACAACUCAAGAAGGUUCUUAGUUUCAUGUAAAGAAAGUAAAAUUUAAAUCAGUUUUGUGUCACUUGCUCAAUCCACGUCACCAACACCAACGCAGAAAAAGUAUUUAAAAAAGGUGAAAAUCAAAGCAAGUCUGGUCAUAUUGAUAUCUGAGGUCAUUUCAUUAGUUUUAUGGCAAAUUACGACUUUCUUGACUCGCUAAAUUAUCUUUUAAAUUGACAGACAUCGUGAGUGUGAUUCAUGGCACAAGUCAGACGGGAUCAGGGUUCUCCAUUCACUGCCAUACAAAGCCUCUCCAUCAUGGUCCUGGUUUUAUUUAUUUCAAUAUUUAUAUCGUUAGAGAUUAUUGCUUGUUCUGCUGGGUAAAAAGGGUUUUAAAUAGCAUUUUGUGGAGUAUAAAGGUCUGAAAGAGUCUGAAGAUUCGCUUGGUAAACCUGCAGAAACCUGCUGUCCAAGGUCUUUAAAUCUCAAAUGUCAUGAUGUGAUAAAUGUUUGAUGCGGUUGAAAGCUUAUAAGUGGACUCAAGGAUCAGCUCGAAGAGAUCCAAGGCUGUCAGUGAUGUAUUUAAUUAUUGAGCUUCUUUAGCUCCAGGAUUAAUGUUAUAAAACAUGAACGACAGUAUUUGACAAAACCUUUAAUUAACUGAUCUCGAGUUUCAUCUGCAAACGAGUUGACCUUUUCUAAAGACGUCUGAUCCUCUCAACGUUUGUUUCAGAUUUCAUCGCCUCCUUAAAAAAACCAUAAUUCAAUUUUUUUGUGCAUUUUCAUGUAAUAAACUGAAGACUGGUGAUGAUGAAGAAGAAGAAGUGCCUCUUUAAACAUACUGUUAAUCAAUAUUCUUGAGAUGUCAAGCAAAGGAUCCCUUUACUGUCCCACACUCCUACAGAGAAAUCUGUCGUCUCCACCACAGCACACUUGAGGGUCUUUUUUUAAAGCCCGCUUCCAAUAUUUUUGUACUCGAGCUGCCAAUAACCAACACGCUAUAUUUACUGUCUUUGUUUUCAUGCCAAACAAUUCCCAGUAUUCGCUGUUUUCUGUGUCGUCUGGGUGGAGAAACCCUCAGAAACAGAACGAGAGGAAGAAAUGUUUAUAGCAAAUUGAAUUAUUAAAGGGUGAUCUGAAAAAGUGUAAAGAAAAUGAAAUAUGUCGAGUUUUCUGCCUGUUUUUCUUUCAUGAAGUUCCUUUAAUACAGUGUCAGUGUAUCUUAAUCUUAAUGGUGAAAAUGUUAUUAAAUGUGUAUUUAACGAAUCAUGUCCCAUGUUGAGAUUAAUGACUGUGAAUUGUCCUUUUUAAUUUGAGACAUUAGUUUAGGAUUAAAGGAGUAUUUCACCUUCCUGUACGUCUCUAGACUGGAUUAGACAAACAUGAUGUUUUUUACCCAAAGAAAGAAAUAUCUUCAUGUCUUAUGUUUGCUGAAUUUACAAGACGGUGCAAAUAAUUUUGAAUUUGUCAGCGGCGUUGUUUCAUAAAGUGUCUUCCAACUCAA